AUGACGACAACUCAACAACAACAACAUAAUGAUAAUGAUAACAAACAAAUAGAAGAGGAGGAAGAAGGUCAAUGUUCAUCAGGUGACGAUGAUGCAGACACACUCCUCCCAAUCACACCCGAAGACAAUAACAUCAACAACAACAAUAACAAUAAUACGAGCAUGGAUAUGAUUGAUGAUUCAUUGUUCAAUGGUGAUGAAGAUGAUUAUGAGCAUCAACAAAUGACAAAGAAGAUUAGAUCGUUGAAUACAGAGAUACAAGAGUUGAGACAGAGGAUUGCAAUGUUGGAGAGGAAGUUGUCGACAAAGAAGAUUAGGUUCGAUGAUAGAUUGCCAUGGUUCGCAAUCAAUCAUUCAUUGUUUGACGAUAGCAAACGUUUGAUGAUGUUGGAGGACUAUAUCGUUCAGUUCUUCAAGACUAAUGCAUCGAGCUCAAGGGCAUUGGCAUCUCAAACACACAACAACUUGGUCUACUAUUAUAAUGAGAAUCUCACCAUCAAGAGGGACUGCGUGCCAGAGUUGCAGAGGGUUGGCACUUCCAUACCAUACAACUUUGAACGUCUGCCGCAAUACACCGUGGACAGACAGAGUCUCUAUGAAGAUGACAAUGCUACUGGCGACAAGAAGGACAAGAAGGAUACCAGAAGUUGCUUCAACUGUUCAGAGGCUCAUACAUUGAGUGAAUGUCCUUACUACAAGGAUUAUAGAAGGAUACGAGCGAAUAGACAGGAGUUCUUGGACUCAAGACCAGUAAUGAGUCGUUACUUUGUUGAUGGCGAGAACAAGGCUGCUGCUAUUGCAGCUGCCGCGGCAACUGUUAACAACAAUGAUGGUGAGAGUGGGCAAAGCUCUACAUCAUCAAACAAAGACACAUCUUCACAACAACAUCAACAUGAUGAAACAGACACUGGCAAUCGCAAUGGCAAUGGCACAGACACUGGCAAAGGCACUGAUAAUGACAAAGACAAUGGCACCACUGCACAAUCAUCACCAUCAAUAGACGACAAACAAACAGUUUCCACAUUCGAUAUUAUCAAGAAGAACAUUGCAACGACUACCACCUCUGCAUCAGGCGGUGGCUUUGACGACAGACACAUUGAGGACAACAUGGACUUUGUCAGGAUUGAAUCAAAUAAGGAAGGUGGUGACGAGGACGAUCCAAACAGACCUUAUUCACCAUCACAAUCAUUCAAUGAUGGAUCAUCAUCCUCAAGACAUCCAAACAACAACAUUCUACUCUCACAUGAUUAUCAACAAAAGGUAUCCAACUCAAUCAACACAUUCAUUCAAGCGCGUCAACAACCUCAUCAAUCUGCUGCUGCUUAUCCACAUGGCCAAUACCAACAUCAACAACAACAGUACUAUGGAUAUGGAUAUCAAUAUCCUCCUGCUCCACAACCACCAUCAGACUAUUAUCAAUCUCAUCAUUAUCAUCCAUAUCCACAGUAUCAACAACAACAACAUCAGCAGUAUUAUUAUGGACAGGAGUCAUCCUGGCAACCUCCACCUCCACCACCACAUGUCCGUUCACCUCCUCAAUACUCUGUAUCGAGCAAAUCCAACGUCGUAGUGCCACCUCCACCUCCACCUCCAUCCGCACAACCCCAACAACAACCUCCUCCAACUCAACCUGUCAAGUCGAUAAUUGGAGGCGAUGUCUGUGAGAUGGAGAUAGAAGAUGAAGAUGGCCAAAUCAGUUGA